CCGCACCUGUUAGUUAAUUAUGGCUGGCCUUUCUAUGUAAAGACCGGCUUGGAAAAUAUGAAAUUAUUUCGAGUUCCAAAGUCGACAUUUCGAGUUUUAGAGACGGCAUUUCGAGUUUGUAUUCGUUUCUCGCAUGGCUCUAGGGCUCUCCCGUACUAUCCAAAUAAAGGGAGUGUUUUAUUUUUUUAAUAUUAUUGGAAAGUUACACUCGUUUUGGCACCUGAGACCCCCACACUGCACAGCACGCAGGCGCGGGGUGUCGAUUUCACCGGGAGAGAGCUCCAGUGAGAUCACAUCACCGGUCCGGACUGGGGCGGCCGCCUGUUUGGGUGUCAGUUUCAGGCUGGCCUAUCUCAGCUCCGCACAGACAGCAAGCAGCAGGCAGGGGUAACACAAUAGCCGCUAACGGUGUUGUACAAGCGAGGCAAACGGCUCCGACUUCUCAAGAAGAGUAAACUUACUUCAGGACUUUGUUUUCCCUCCUGUGCAUCCACGCGGGAUUAUUGUUGGUGUAGCUGUCUAAUAUAUAAUAUUGUUCUGCCUAGAAGAUGAUUUCUUUCCAGAUCGCUGUGGGAGCUGCGUUCGUGGUGGCGGGGAUGCAGAUCUGUUGCUGUCAAACGCCAGGGGGCUGCACGCUGAUGGAUUCGUGUGGAGGCUGCCUGGCCGGGGACGCCUCGCUCAAUAUCACAGACUGCGUGUGGCUGCAGUGCGAUUCAGGCAACUCAAGCUGUGUGUGGGGGAGCGAGGUGCCGGAAGGCUGCUCCCUGUACAACGAAGCCUCCCUGUGUGCUGACGCCCUGCCCCCCACGGUGUCAGCCCCAGUGUACAAGCAGGCAAACUUUGACCUGUCGAGCUUCAUUGGGGGGAUCAUCCUGGUGCUGGGAAUGCAGUCGGCCGUCUUCUUCAUCAUCAAGUUCUUCAAGACCAAAGACAGCACCUACCAGACCAUCGAGGAGCCGCAGUAGGGUCUGUGUGGCCAGGCUGUGUGGGAGAAUGGCAGUGAUACAGUUUAAUCCAGCACGCCUCCCUUCCCUGGCUCCUUUUAUAUUGAAAUCCACUCCCCUGAAAUGUUUGCUGUUCCUGCGUGCUGCAUGACUGUGAGAAGACUUUCUUUAAGAAUAUAUCCAAUCCUAUCCAAUCCUCGCUCUUUAUAAGAGCCUGCCCUGGUUUUAUUGGCCAGUCCUAGACCCUGAGUAAGCCCACCAAUGUGCUAUUGGCUGUCUCAUUUUUAACAGACGUAUAAAUUGAACUCCUUCAACACUGGAGACUUAUAUGUAGCUCUAGAGCGCUGCACAGAAACCUAAUGACCACAAAACAACCAAUCACUGUUAAGGGUUUGUCACAAUUCCACUGCAUCUUAUUCUCUGUAUGAUAUCUACCUGUGCAAAGAACGCAAGACACUUAUUCAUAAGACACCUGGAAUUUUAACGUUAAGUAAAAAAUAAAAAAAUCAGCCACACUUUUGAUGUUUAAUAGUAAUUCCUGAGUACAAUCUCCAAACUGCACGAGAUGACCGCUCUUAUGACAAUGAGAGACCCCCUGCACAUGACAAUCUUUAAAGAAAGUGUCCUCCCUGUGUGGUUUGCCCCUCUCUCGUGUGUUUUGAAGUUGUUGCUCUGUCGUCAUUGCUGACAAACCUACAGAGAGGAGCCUCUCUGGUUUAAUCCAUCUCUGUACUCUUUACUCGCUUGUGUAACGUUUUCACUGCCCCCUGAUCAUGGUGUAGUUGAAUAUUUCUAAUCUACCCCUAGAGAGCAGCCCAUUCCUUCAUGUCGGUUCUGCACCUGUUACAGUUACCCCAUUCCUGCUGCUUUGCUGAAACAGGGAAUUAUCUCCUCUGAAAGACUGAUACAGUAUGUCCAGUGGCUUUGGGGGUUCUCCUGUACUGGUAUAGUAUCUAGAUAUUAUACCAAGAUAUUUGAAAAUAAAUUAAAAGAUCCACUGCACAAUAAUACGGGGGUAGUGAAAAUGGUACUGCAGCUAGCUUAGGUUCUCUUCUAAUAACUGUCCUCUCUAGACACACAGCAUGCUUUUGAAUAAUAUAAAGACACCAUCACUGGCACAACAGCUAAUCCCAUCCCUUGCUCUGUUUUCAGUCAAUUAGUUUGAGGUGCGACACCUGUAUUUAACAUAACAAGGACUAUUAUGAAACAAGGGCAAAUUUUAUAAAAGGAAUCAAAUCAUUUGAACGAUAUUAAAGAGUAAAUAGAUUCAAAUGCCUUUUAAAAAAAACCUCUUUUCUCUUUGAUGGUGUUUGCGGUCAUUGUGAGUGGUUCUGUUGCUCCAGUAUUUGAGCUGCUUUGAGCUCAUCGGGAGAGUCCGAAGUCGCUUUUCAGUUGAAAGGUCUCAUUGUCACAUGUGAAUGCAAUGAGGAAGGCUAAUCAGUGCCAGCACUUAGUCAAGCACAAAGCCAGGUGAAAAACAAAUCUGUAACUCAGCACUAGAACAGCAGAACCCAGCAGCACUCAGCAUGAGGAGAAUGUAAAAAAGCAAUUGCCCAUAAUUGAGCUGCACCUUCCUGCAUGCCAUUUAUUUCUGUCUAAUUGUGUAUCCUUGUCCUUUGAGAGAAGUUCCCUUCGCCUCCACAGUAUGGCUGCUUCUCACUUUGUACCGUCCAUCUUGAGCGCAUGUUUCCAUCCUGCUUUUCUUUCUCGCUGUAGGAUCUGAAGAGUGAAGCUGUGUGUUACAGUGUGGACUAGUCCCCAGUGACUGUGCUGGGGGCUUUUCAAACUUUCCUGGACUGUGGGAGUCUCACUCCACACUGUCACAACUGUCUGUCUGUCUGUCUGUCUGUCUGUUCAAAUAAGAAAACAAAACCAUGCAACACCAGACUGAGCCCACACAAAGGUCAGGAUAACUGGGACUUCUUUCUGUGGCCUUGGAACGUACAUCACACCUGAUAUCCUUCCUCCGGAAUGUAGCACCACCUCCUUCUGCGCCUGCAUUGCGGCCCUACACCCUAACCUCUGAGCCACAGAGUACCCAGCUGGUGAGAGACAAAAAGGGAAGGAGGACAAACUGCAUUUUGACACCAAUCGCAGAACAUGAGACAUGUUGAAGGGGACAAGCUUGGAAUAUACGGUGUGUUGGCCUGUCCUUGAUUUCAUCUUUAGGACAGCAGCACUAAAAGGAAAACUUGAAAUAAAAUCAGACGAAUGUGUUAUUUGAAGCAUUUCAGGUGGAAAGCCACCUUGGGAAUCCAGGUAGUGUGCAGGGUGUUACCUCCUCAGUGUUUCAUCAAACAGCACUGAUGCAGGCAGUAUUAGACACAGAAGCACCUUUCAACCGAGUGCUAACCACCAGCCCUCUAGAUAUUCCGUCUUGCUGUCCCAUAGUGAACGAAACUGGCUUUGCAACAGGGAGAUGCAGCUUUUAUAUAGAACUAAAUGCCAUGGCACAGCAAGUGUGUGCUACAUUGUACAGGUGUUUCCAUUUGUAUUGCCCAUCCCUUGUACAUUGGAUAUUUGAUACUUGGUUAAAGAAAUGUGUUAGCAAGCCUUGCUUUUAGUUAGUGUUGCACUUGGAUAUUUUUAAUAACAGAUGCACAUAUUUACCAUGUAUGGUAAUAUAAAUACAGUACAUUAUAAAAUGCAACAAAACUGGUCUCUUUUGUAAUAUGAGUUACACACGGCAUUUCAAAUGUGUUCUGUGUAAAAAUCACCUAUGAAACACAUUCUCAUUUUCAAAGCUUUUUCUAAAAAGCAAAUGACUUGAAGAGCCCCUAACAGCACAUGCACUAGCAUGCUCCCAUGUUUCAUUGUGCUCCUAACAGCACGGGCACUAGCAUGCUCCCAUGUUUCAUUGUGCUUCUAACAGCACAGAUAUAUAAAUAAUAAAUGCAUAAUCAAUACUUGAAUAUGUGCUUCCAAAUAUUGGCUGUAAACUUAAUGCUUUACACAUACCGUGCUGAGUUCUGUCGCAGCUACAUUGUAUUAACUAACUGGAUACUGUCUAGAGAAAUAAAAUAGAGCAGGCUUGCACCAUCAGUGUCAGAGCUACUGUAGUGUCAUUGAUCAAUCAUUCAUCUGUCCAGGCAUGGCUCAUUGUAAUGGAUUUGUGUGCGUUCACCCCCCAUGCAGUCACAGUGGCAGUGAGGUGUUGAGGUCCUUCUCUUUGAUUUAGUCAUGAUGAAGAGACAGCUGUGAGACUGAACCACCCUGCUUUGAAUGGGGGAAUCCCUGCUGUUUGUACGGACCCCCCCCCCCCCCCCCUCUUUGGAAUGGUGUUGCUGUUGUCCAUAUGCAAUGAUGUACAUUUUCUGAACCCUCACUGUUGUGUUUAGAGAGUGGAAUAAUUUAAUAAAAUGGUUCUUUCUUAC